ACUCUGAGAGACGAUUCUUCCCCACGCAUCUAUUUCAACUGCGGCACCUAGAGGUGGAGGACACCUACCCACACCCUAGAAUCUUGAUACACUUUCCUCGCCUUUCCCCCAUACGCAUACGAGGCACAUCCACUUAAGGUACCUAGGUAAGGUAGGUAGUCACGAUUUCGCCUCUCCACGGACUAUAUCCUACCUAGGCGACACCCGAACAUCCUUUCCUGCCAGCAACUCACCUGCAGGCAGACCGGCUCCAGUCACCGACCCUUGCCUGGCUGGCUGUGUCUGAGAAGAAAAAGCCCACUCCCAACCGACGCCAACUUGUUACUGGAUCAAUUCAAGCUUGGCUUCGUUGGUUGACAAGCAUUUACCCUAUCUGGAGCCCCGGAGACCACUGCUUCUUCAGACAUCGACCAUCAUGGCAGCGGCGGCGGAUGAACCCGGCCUCACGGCUUUCUUCCAUGAGAUGAGCGAACUGGGCGGUAUCGUUGUCAAGGAGACACCCAAACUUGACCUGGACCUGUACAUCCAGAACUACAGAGGCCGCACUCGCUUGGAUCGCCUUCUGACCAUCGGUCGUUGCUGCGUACCUCUCUGCGUCGAGGCUUUGAAGGCUGCCGUUGCUGAGGCUAAAUCUGGCAGGGACGUUGAGCGGUAUCGCGAGAUAUGGGAAUGCAUCAGAAUUGCUGCGCCGGCCGAGCCUGAGGCUGUCUUUGACCAAGCCUGGGCUGACAAGACGACCAUGGAGAACCGCCAGCAAACUCACCAUCUUGAGACACAACUCAAGGGGUACAAGAACAAUCUCAUCAAGGAGAGCAUUCGAAUUGGUAACGAGGAGCUGGGUCGGCACUAUGAGAACAUUGGUGACCUCAACGCGGCCAGCGAUGCAUACACCCGCAUGCGUCCUGAUGUCAGCACAUCGAAGCAUAUCAUCGAUCUGGGCAAACACCUCGUCGAUCUUGCCGUCAUGCGCCGCGACUGGUCCAUGGUUCUCGGCAACCUCACCAAGAUCACUGGCAUGCAGAGCGAAGAGGAGAGGAGCCUCCAGACGUAUGCAAAGAUUGUUCAGGGCAUUGCACUGAUGAACAUGGAAAAGUUCAGUGAUGCUGCUCGUUCCUUCCUCCAAAUCGACAUUGGGAAAGAAGUCAAGGAUGGCGUCGAAUCCAACAACAUUGCUAGCCCCAACGAUGUUGCUGUCUAUGGUGGUCUUCUUGCUCUCGCCACCAUGGACCGCAAGGACCUACAGAAGAAAGUGUUGGACAACCAGAACUUCAGAACGUGCCUGGAGCUCGAGCCUCACAUUCGCAAGGCCAUCUCGCUGUUCGUUAACGGUCGCUACUCGGCAUGCCUGGCUAUUCUGAACUCGUACCUGGCCGACUUCUUGCUCGACAUCUUCCUGCAGAAGCACGUGAAGGCCAUCUUCGCCCUCAUCCGCAGCAAGUGCAUUGUCCAGUAUGUGGCGCCGUUCUCUUGCGUAGCCCUCGGCAGCCUCAACGAGGCUUUCGCAGCGCCGGGAACAGAUAUACAGGUUGAGCUCGCGACGAUGAUCAAGAGCGGUCUGCUACAGGCGCGUAUCAACACCAUCGAUCAGCUCCUUGUCGCCGUGAACCCCAACCAACGAGCGGCAAUGCAGACGCAGGCCCUGGAGACGACCAAGGCCUACGAGAGCGAGGCGCUCGAACGAAUCAGGCGCAUGGGCCUCCUGAGUGCGAACCUGGAGGUCAGGAACGUCAAGAAACUGCAAGCGACGGGCUCCCAGGCGACGGCGCCAGAUGGAAAAGCUAGUGGGCCCAAGGCCGACACAGGGCUUCAGCUCUAG